AUGGCCGAUGCCACCACAGCUGCUGCCACUGCAGGCUCCAGCGCCGCCAGUGCUCCUGCCGCCGCACCCUCAGGAAACUUCCUCACCUCUAUGCUGGGCGAAAACUCCGGGUUCCUAGAAAACCCACUGUUCACUGGAGGUAUGGGUCUGAUGGUGCUGGGAGCCGUGGUGGCUCUUGGACGAACAGGAAUCGUACAGGGUUCGCAGUUUCUUCAGCGACAACUUCUCGUCGACCUCGAAAUCGCCUCCAAAGACCGAUCUUACGCCUGGUUCCUGGAGUGGAUGUCCCACCAUCCUCAGAGAAGCUCCCGACACUUGGCUGUUCAGACCACAGUCAAGCAGCACGCCUCUGGCUCGUUCACGACCCAGUUUUCGCUGGUUCCCGGUCCUGGACGGCAUCUGAUCCGAUACAAGGGCGCAUUCAUGCUGGUCAAGCGAGAACGAUCCAACCGGCUGCUGGACAUGAACUCAGGUUCUCCCUUUGAGACAAUCACUCUGACCACUCUCUACAGAGACCGAUACGUGUUCCAGGAGCUUCUUGCCGAAGCCCAGCAGCGAGCCCAGAAGAUGCAGGCCGGCAAGACGGUCAUCUACACAUCGUUUGGACCCGAAUGGAGACCUUUUGGACAACCCCGUCGAAAGCGAGAAUUGGACUCGGUUAUUCUGGACAAGGGAGUGUCCGAGAGCAUUGUGGAGGACGUGAACGAUUUCCUCAAGAACUCGCAGUGGUACCACGACCGAGGAAUCCCCUACCGACGAGGAUACCUGCUGUAUGGACCUCCUGGAUCUGGAAAGUCGUCUUUCAUCCAGGCUCUAGCUGGAGAACUGGAUUACAACAUUUGUAUUCUCAAUCUUGCCGAGGCCACUCUUACCGACGACCGUCUUAAUCACCUGAUGAACCAUGUGCCUGAGCGAACGUUCCUUCUUCUGGAAGAUAUAGAUUCUGCCUUCAAUGAGCGAAAGCAGAGUGCCGAUCAGGGCUACCAUUCCGGAGUCACCUUCUCUGGUCUUCUGAACGCCCUGGACGGUGUGGCUUCUGCGGAAGAACGAAUCAUCUUCAUGACCACCAACCAUCCCGAGCGUCUGGAUCCUGCUCUCAUUCGACCUGGACGAGUUGACUUCAAGGAGUGUAUUGACAAUGCCACCGAGUACCAGGCCGAGAAGAUGUUCAUGCGGUUCUUCCCCGGCGAGGAGAAGCUGUGCAACGAGUUCAUCCAGACUCUCAAGGCCAACAACAAGCUGGUUUCCACAGCCCAGAUGCAGGGUCUGUUUGUCAUGAACAAGACCGACCCUGUUGGCGCCAUUCACAUGGCCCAGUAUCUCCCCGAAAACGAGGGCACUCCCUCCCCCGCCAGUGAGCCUCCUGUCCACAAGGGGGUGUAG